GCCUGCACCCAGCGCAGCGUGCGCGCGGCGGUUAGUACGUGGUUAGGGUUGCUACCGCACGACUCCGUCGAAGUAGCCAAAGAAAAUGCUACAUCGAUGCAUGUGAUCUACAUGUAGUACUAGUAGUGGACCACCGUGACUGUACAAGUCAUUACUUAGGAUUCCUGCUCCAUAGAUAACCAUGCUGCCAGAGAAAGAUAUUUCCUUUCUGCAUGUUCUGCAUAGAAUGUCCUUGCUGCUAAAUGUUGAAGCUUUGUGUGAGAGGUUUUCCAAACAUUGACUGUAUCAGACAUUCCCAUGCUUAGUGUUUUCCGUGAAUUCCUGGUGUGUGGACACGUCACCAAGAUGGAGUUUGUCUCUGGACUAGGAGCAAAGGUUGUGCAUGUCUAUGACCAGCUGCAGGAAAAAGGAGACCCCAGAGUGGAGAAUUGGCUUCUGAUGAAGACACCCACACCUACAGCCUGCAUUGUCAUCAGCUACUUGCUGGUGGUAUGGCUAGGGCCGAAAGCAAUGGCUGACAGGAAGCCUCUUCAACUCAAGCCCAUCUUGGUGGGCUAUAACUUUUUCCUGGUGGGCCUGUCAAUCUAUAUGUUUUAUGAGUUUCGAGUGACAUCAUGGAAGGCAAAUUACAGCUAUGGGUGCCAACCUGUUGACUAUUCCAACAGUGAGCUAGGACUGAGGAUGGCUCGAGUCUGUUGGUGGUAUUUCUUCUCCAAGGUUAUCGAGGUCAUGGACACGAUCUUCUUCAUUCUUCGUAAGAAGAACAACCAGAUUACGUUCCUACAUGUCUACCAUCACAGCAGCAUGAUGAUCAACUGGUAUCUUGGGGUCAAAUUAGUGGCUGGUGGGCAGUCAUUCUUCUUGGCAAUGAUCAACUCCUUCGUGCAUAUCAUCAUGUAUUCCUAUUAUGGUCUUGCUGCAUUAGGACCAGGAAUGCAGAAAUAUCUUUGGUGGAAACGUUACAUGACACAGUUACAGUUGGUGCAGUUUUUCGCCGUCAUCAUUCACACAGGGUACAGCAUCUAUGCAGAUUGUGACUUCCCAAUGGGUUUCAACUAUGCUGUAUUCCUCUAUUGCAUAUCCCUGGUCGUUCUGUUCCUAAACUUCUAUCUGAAAGCAUACACAACAAAGAAGGAAAAACACAAAGUCUAGGUCGUUACAGAAAUUCUGUUUUGAUUGGCGGCUUUUACAGUGUACAAAUGUUCCCAUAUACAUUUAUUUUACACAAGCUUACUGUCCUAGUAAGAAGAUAACUUAUGUCACUCUGCAAGGAAUGUGCAUUACACCUUGUGACUAUUAAAAACAGGUGGGUAAAUUCCUUAUGUGAUAUGUUUCCUAGGAUAACCUAACUAAACCAAAGAAACCCCCCCAAAAAAUACACACACCCAAACUGAACUCAACACAGCCAAAGAACACCAGACCAAACACAGCUAAACCAAACAAUCGACAUCAAAACCAAGUCAAACACAGCUAAACCAAACAACGGACAACAAAACCAGGCAAAACACAGCUAAACCAAACGAUCAACAACAAAACUAGGCCAAGCACAGCUAAACCAAACUAUCAACAACAAAACCAGGCUGAGCACAGCCAAAAAUGGCAAACCAAUUAUAUGUACAACUAAACCAAACCAACAAAAUAAAACCAAACCCAACACAGGCAAACCAAACUAGCAACAAACCAACACCAAAAUCAAGCCAAACAUAGCCAAGGCAAUUUCCAAACCAACCAAACCAAACUAAACCAAGUCAAACACUGUUGAACACACACCAAGCCGACCAAGUAGUAGACCAGUAGUAAGUGAGUGAAUAGGACAACUAUAAUGGAAGUGGCAAUUUUACGCAGAUGGAAAUAAAAACUUCAGAUCCAUGAUUCUGACAUUCUCCCCCUUUUUA